AUGGAUAGCCGCUACGACCGGUCGGUAAAGAGACAGCAGGCGCAUCGUACCGAGCAAGCAAGCCCGGCAAGGUCUUUCGAGGUGGACUUAGAGGGGCGUCUGCCUCAGCUGGUGCUGGAUCCGAGUACAGGUGAGUACUCGAGGCCGGAUAGCCACGAGGGCCCGAGCGAGCUCACUGCGCCGCCGCUCAAGAGUUCUUCUCAAGCACCCUUACACCACCAUAAGAGCCCAGAGGCCGAGCGGCGUGCAAAAGGAAAGAGCGACAAGAGCGAGCGAAGCAAGACAACUCCGAAGUCGCCCAGGCAGAAGACGAGGGAUACCGCAGAGGACAACGAAGCAUGGCUGGCGCGACGACAUCAUGGCAGACCUCUGCUGGGAGACCACGAGAUGCGGCAGAUGCUGGGUCGUGAUGGCAGCCGUCCUGACGAGCAAGACGUCGUAAGCGUGGCUAGAGACAGAUCCCAAUAUGGUCCUCAAAGGAGUCGGCAAGACGGGACAGGCCGUCCGCCGACCAGCAAGAGCGCGCGAGGCGCCACCAGAGGUCCAGCAGGCGGUACAGAAGUGCAGGCACUUUCAGAUAUGGCUACACCGCUGCCUAUUCCUAAAUCAGACGCUCACAAAAUUCGAGAAGAAGAGCACUUGGAACCGCUGUCAUCACAAGCGGCGCCAGGGGCAAUCAAUCUGCCGUCUCCGCCGUACCGAGUCUCACGAUUCGAAACGCAGCUCAACACUGCAUCCUACCUCAUACUCUUCUCGAUUUUGGGUACCCUGGCCAGGCUCGGUAUCCAGUGGCUAACCUUCUACCCCGGCGCCCCGGCCGUAACGCCUGUACUCUGGGCCAAUUUCGCCGGCAGCCUCUUCCUCGGCUUCCUAUCCGAGGACCAGCGCCUCUUCCGCUCCCGACGGCGCAGGUCGUCAAAGCGGACCCAUCGCUCGACGGCCAACCCCACCGCUACUGCCCGCGAAGAUGAAGCCGCCUCGCGCUCAGCCCACUUAAAAGCCAAGAAAACCAUCCCCCUCUACAUCGGCCUCGCGACUGGCUUCUGCGGUUCCCUCACCUCCUUCAGCACCUUCAUGCGUGACGCCUUUCUCGUGCUGUCCAACGAUCUGCCCGUACCUCCCAGCACCUCCACCACCGCAGCCGGAACGCCCUUAUCUCUCAGCACCGCAUCCCGCCACGCCGGCCACUCCGUCCUCGCCGUCCUCGCGGUCAUCAUCCUCACGGUAUCUCUCAGCCUCAGCGCCCUAGAACUCGGCGCCCACCUGGCCGCGGCACUAGACCCCUACACACCCUCCCUGUCCCCCCUCCUCACCAGCACCCUCCUCAACCGCGUCCUCGCCGUCCUCGCCUGGCUCGCCUGGCUCAGCGCCCUCCUCCUCUCCAUCUUCCCGCCCUCGGACGCCUGGCGCGGACAAGCGCUCUUCGCUUCAGUGCUCGCGCCGGCGGGCUGUCUGCUGCGCUACCUCGCCUCCCUCAAGCUGAACAGCCUCGUCAAGGCCUUCCCCUUCAGCACCUUCGCCGUCAACAUCUUCGGUACGGCUGUGCUGGGCAUGGCGUGGGACCUGCAGCACGUGCGUCUCGCGAACGGGGUCGUGGGCGGCGGGAGGGUCGGGUGUCAAGUUCUGCAGGGGGUGCAGGAUGGAUUCUGUGGGGCGCUGACGACGGUGAGUACGUGGGUUGCGGAGCUGGAGGGGUUGGGCAAGAAAGGGAGGAUGAGGAGGGCGUGGGCGUAUGGGGUUGUGAGUGUGGCGGGUGGGUUGGGGCUGUUAGUUGUUAUUAUGGGGAGUGUGCGGUGGACGGUUGGAUUUAGUGGUGUGGUGUGUGAGACUAGUCAGAGGACUUUUGGCGUGGGUUGA